UGUAUUCCACUUCUAUUAGUAACUUUACUAAUAUCUGAAUCGGAAUCGAAAAGAGUCCGAGUUCGCCCGGUUCAUCAAGAAGACGAAGAACAAUACGAAGAUGAACAACAACCCGUUGAAUAUUACGAAGCAGUUCCUCAAGAUUCCCAAGAUCAAAGAGUCGUUUAUAUAUCAGCAGCUGAUCAAUACAACGGUCUUUACGGCCAACCUUCAGCGUCUUCGAGAUCAUCCCAACAAGACAAUUACAUCCAACCCGUUCGAGGUUUAAGUAAAACGAAAACGAAAGAACCCUCGAAAUCACCUCCGGUUCAAACGAUUCGAAAUUAUAAUAAAGUUAACGAUGAUGGUUCGUUUACUUUUGGCUAUGAGGCUGCUGAUGGAAGUUUUAAGGAAGAAACUAGGGGAACUGAUUGCGUCGUGAGGGGGAAAUACGGAUACGUUGAUCCUGAUGGGAAUAAAAGGGAGUUUACUUAUGUUAGUGGAAAUCCCUGCGAUCCUAACGCGCCGAAAGAAGAACAAGAACCGGAAAGGGAUCAAGAUAGGAGUAGGGAAGUUGAAAAGGAUGAUGAUGGGGUUCCGAAUUAUCCAAAUUAUCCCAAUUACCCGAUUAGGCCGGUCCAAAGACCGAUUCAAAGACCCGUUGUGACAACCCCUGCUCCAAAACCUUCCGUUACUUUGUUCCAAAAUAAUUAUGUUAGAGAUGAAGAAGAAGAGGAGGAGGAAGAAGAAGAUGUUCCUGUACCAAUUUCUAGACCUCAACCAGUUCAG